AUGCGUUGGAGGGGACGCGGAGUGUGCGGUGUAGUGGCAGUGGAGGCAGUGGUGGUAGUGGUGUGUGAGGUGUGCAUAGAGUGCCUGCGCAGAGCAGGGAUGGCUGUGAGUAGUGUCAGUCAAUAUGGCUGUAGUAGUGGUGGAGUCGUCGGAGACUCGGAGUGCGUUUGUGCUGACCUUCAGAGCGAACGCCUGGAUUUGAGUGAAAGAAAAUUAAAUUUUGUGUUUUGUGACCAUCGGAUCCACACAUCACACGAGUCGGCAGCGAUGGACAUGAAUGUUGACAAUCCGUGCGAAGAUCCCAAUCCACACAACUCUUCCGAUUUCGUUGACUUAACGAUAGGUUCGGCAGAAUUGGAGAUCGAUUUGCUGUCCCGUCGGACCAGUUCUCAAAGCGAUGAUAACUCAAUCUUCGCUCAUUUGGACACCAAUGACACGCUAUUCGGAGAUCUGGCCGACGAUUGCGACGAUAACUUGCCGUCUAUGAUGACAGACAGCUCCCGAGCCCUGUCUCUCGAGCCAAUUGUGUCCAUAAAUCCAAUCCGAUUGCCGUUUGAAUCGAGUCUUUUGGCGCAAACGAGUCUCGGAUUAAUGAAGAGUGAGACUCAAUCGCAACAGUCGACGGUCACGAUAUCGCCGGUGCCUCCGAUCCCAUCAAAACGAGGUCCGGGAAGACCGCGAAAAGACGGCAAAGUUCCCAUUCAGAGGAAGAAUCUAUUCCCCGGUCGGCCGCGUAUGAGAGGACGCAAGACAUUGAAUGCGUUGGGAAUGGGAUCUAAUCUGUCGGGCGGUUGUGAUAUUCAGUCACCGAAACUAAACCAGAGUUCGUUUAAUAUGGGUUCCGGACUAUCGAUAAAACCAGUUUCUGGCACUUCAAUGCCUCGAACGCCGUCAGAUUCUGGUCGCGUCGAACUCACCAUAUCUUCGAGUAGUUUCAGUUCGUCUCACAUGAAUUCAAACCAAUCCAUCAGUAAUUCUGACGAUUCUAACAAUGAAAGCGAAAUGAAAAUGAAUUCAAGAGUUUGUAUUUUUUGCAAUUUGACCGAAAGUUCGUCUCUUUGUUUGGGAGAACUGAUUCGAUGCGAACCGACGCCUGGCUUUAGUCCCGCCAAGCGUUCGGCUCGACUCCGGAGUUCUCCAGACAUGGACUCUAUUGGCGGCAAUAUGUCCUCUAAUGACAACACCGACAUGUCUUCUCCCCUCAAAACCGCAAAUAAAGACCAGAAGUUUGCUCGAAGGGGUGCAGAGCCUCAAAAGGUGCCAUCAAUUCCCGGCCCAUUGGAUGAACUAAAGUCCAUUGGUUUUAGCGACAAGACAUCGAUAAUGAAUUUGUUUGAGCCGAGCGGUCACUGUUGGGCCCACCACUGCUGCGCCGCCUGGUCUAAGGGCGUGCGACAAAACGACGAGUACGUGUUCCUCAAUGUGGACAAAGCUGUCUGCGAAGGCGCUCAACAGUUAUGCUCGGAGUGUAACAAAUUCGGUGCGACAAUUAGCUGUCACUCGAAGCCCUCCUGCAAUCGUAUCUAUCAUUACGCCUGUGCUUGUGAGGACUCUGGAGAGAUUGCGGACCUAUUGUUUUGUACGAGUUGUGGCCAUCACUAUCACGGCCAAUGCCUGACACCUGCGGUCACGUCGAGCGCGAGUGUGAGGGCCGGCUGGCAGUGUCCGGAUUGCAAGCUGUGUCAGACGUGUCACCAGCCCGGCGACGACAACAAGAUGUUGAUGUGCGACACGUGUGAUAAGGGAUACCACAUAUUCUGUUUGCGUCCAAUCAUGUCGACGGUUCCUAAACACGGCUGGAAAUGCAAAGACUGUCGCGCGUGCGGCGAUUGCGGUGCGCGCACUCCCGGCAACGGUCCCAGUUCUCGAUGGCAUAUGAAUUAUUCGGUGUGCGAUAGUUGUUAUCAACAGCGAAACAAAGGCAGUUCGUGUCCCAUCUGUCAUAAGGCCUACCGUCAGGCCUGUCAGAGCGAAAUGCUUCAGUGCAUCACUUGUCGCAAACUUAUUCAUCAGAGUUGUGAACCAAAACUAAGUCAACGCAAUGAUCUCAUUGCAGAAAUCGCUAAUAAUUAUGUCUGCAAAGUGUGCGAAACGACCGGCGCGACCGGUCCUGACCCCCGCGAUGGCUUCGCCAACCUUCCCGACAACAUAUUCAACGCCAGUCGCGAAUCAUUUAAUUCUUAUACUGAAGACUCGUUGGGAAGCAUUGAUAACAUCGAUAACAUUCUGCCCAUCGGUUCUGGAGGUGAAAUGACGCCAGACGUGAAGCCGUUCGCGCUUCCACUUCCCAACAAUAACUCAUUGAUUCGACCGCCGGUUCCCAUAAGUGCGGGUAAACUAAGCGGAAAGAAGAGACUGUUUGCUGGGAAGAUGAGGGGCGGGAAGUUUCCCGGAAGGAAAAGAGCAAAAACUGUUGAAUUUAGACGCAAAAGAGGCCCAAAAGCCAAAUUCAAGCCAUUCGCUGGCCCUCUGGGCUCACUGGGAACGCCCAAUUCGGGAGCGAUUGGCAGUUCCGCUACCAGUGGUCAAGAGUGCGAAGUGAGAGAAAAAAUCAAAGACGACGAUCCGGCCAAUGAAAACAAAGUGAUUCUCUGUUCAGUGAAAGAUGAGUUUCUAUUAUCACAAGACUUGUGUGCGAUGUGUGGAAGUUUAGGACAGGCAGAGGAGGGCCGACUCAUCUCCUGUUCGCAAUGCGGACAAUGUUAUCAUCCGUUUUGUGUUAAUAUUAAAGUAACAAAAGUGGUUCUAAACAAAGGCUGGCGUUGUCUAGAAUGCACUGUUUGUGAGGGCUGUGGUCAGCCUCACGACGAGGCCAGACUUCUUCUAUGCGAUGACUGUGACAUCAGUUAUCACACCUACUGUUUGGACCCGCCAUUGGACGACGUGCCUCAGGGGACGUGGAAGUGCCGGUGGUGUGUCAUAUGCGUCAAAUGCAAGUCCACUAAUCCUGGCUAUGGAUCUCUUUGGCAAAAGAAUUACACGGAAUGCGGUCCCUGUGCCAGUCAGACCACAUGCCCCGCCUGUCAGGGAGACUAUCACGAAAGCGAUCUUAUAAUCCAAUGCAUACAAUGCAAUCGUUGGCUUCACUCUAAAUGUGAUGGUAUGACAACUGAAGACGACUGCGAAAGUGCCGCUGACUUUGGAUAUCACUGUCUCCUUUGCCGCCCAAAAGAUGAAUUGCCGCCUCAUUUACAAGCUCGAAAAGCGUUGGCUUUGCAAUCAAAGCAACAAUUUUUAAAUCUAAUGAAACAAAACAGCGAAGAAAUGAAUGAAAAUAGUUUGAAUAAGAAUAUUCUUCGCAGAGAUUCCGAUGACUCUAUUGCAAGCAAAACAUCACUAUCUCUGACACUCACAUCACAAGUCGCACAAACAUCCACUUCAAUGUCUGGUCCGACACCUCUCACGCCUGCAAAAGAAUUACACGGAAUGCGGUCCCUGUGCCAGUCAGACCACAUGCCCCGCCUUUGGCUUCACUCUAAAUGUGAUGGUAUGACAACUGAAGACGACUGCGAAAGUGCCGCUGACUUUGGAUAUCACUGUCUCCUUUGCCGCCCAAAAGAUGAAUUGCCGCCUCAUUUACAGGCUCGAAAAGCGUUGGCUUUGCAAUCAAAGCAACAAUUUUUAAAUCUAAUGAAACAAAACAGCGAAGAAAUGAAUGAAAAUAGUCUGAAUAAGAAUAUUCUUCGCAGAGAUUCCGAUGACUCUAUUGCAAGCAAAACAUCACUAUCUCUGACACUCACAUCACAAGUCGCACAAACAUCCACUUCAAUGUCUGGUCCGACACCUCUCACGCCUACUAAUGGCAGAUCAGUUGCACCCAAAGUUCAAACACAUUUCCAUUUGGUUGACGGCAUAUGGCUUUCCGACAGAGGUUUGAAUCAAAUAAAGUCACUACAAGUGGAACAACCAAAGAGAACGCGAGUCAAAAGGGGUACAAAACAAGCAUUGAAUCAGUUAUCAAAUGCAACGAAAUCUGAAGACGUGGACGAAGCGGCCAAAGAGGACGACACGGGCUCUGUUGAGGACAAAGUGACAGAAGACGGCACUAAUAAGACCGACGAAAUCGGAGAGAAGAAGAAAAGACAGCGAAGACUUCACAAGUUAGGAAUCGGAGGUUUUUCUGUCAAACAGAGGGGAAGAAUGAGUACCAGUAAAGACACCGAAGAAGUGGUUGUUUCUAACGCAGACGUCGACGUGAAUGGCAAUGAUUUGAUCGGUAAUCAAGACUCCGUCAACUCAGAUAAGCCGCGCCGAAGACGUCGAGUGAGUAAAAAGAAAAGCCAUUUAACGGACAGUUUCCCGCAGUACAUGCAGGAGGCCUUCUUCGGCAAAACACUUCUCGAGACAUCGCAUUCAGAUACCAAUCAAUCGGCGGUUUUGAUUAAUAUCAACGCUUUGAGUGAAGACGAAGAACUGUUGCCAAAGGGUAUAGAAAAAGAUAAGUUAAUUACUUUGACGCCGACAGAGAUGGCGGCCGUGAAGUUACAAAAGCCAAAAGUAGAGCCGUCGAGCCGUACGGACGAACGCCCCGGAAGUCCUAUGGAUGACUCCCUCCAAGACGGCGAAGACUUUCAGGAUCUGUUGCCACCGCUUCCACCCGAUGACGAGCUGAUGGAUAUGUUGAUCAAUGAGGACGGUUUGGACCGAACCAAUGAAUCGCUCGAUAACUUGUCAGUUGACGCCAAAGAGGACGGCAAUGCAAAGGACGACGCAAUGGACUUAUUGAGUCCUAACUUUGAUUUGGGAGGAAUUGUUGGCGCUUCCAGUCUUCCACAGAUGGACAGCAAAGAUGUCGAGGAUUUGUUGUUAUUGAGUCCACACAACACCGACGACAGCAAUGAUUUCAAUGCAAUAUUAGGUCCGCCGUCGACUGUAAACACAGCGAAACCUCCGAUACCGAUGCAAAUACCUCCGCCGCCACUAACAUCACUGUUAGCUCCGCCUCCGACACAGAAUUUAAUGCCGGCCUCUUCUGUGCCGUUACCACAACUCAUACAUUCAAAACAGGCCUCCGUUGAUAAUAUACCUAACGUUCCGCUACUCGAUAGCCCCUACAAUAUGCCGUCUCCUUUCUCCGUCUCCAUGAGUGAUAACUCUUCUGCUCAAUACAGCCCUCAAAUCACUGAACCUCAGAGUCCAUGGCCUUCAGACGGUGACGAACAGAUGGCAUCUCAGGGACAGAAGAAUAUGAUUAAAUGGGAGUCCGACGAGGCUUUGGGUCCGAUGGCUACCAUUUCUCCAGUUCUUUAUGCAAACCUAAAUCACCCGAACCUUAAGGCGGAACAUCCCGUUUGGAAUGACCGCAUCAAACAGAUCUCGAAACUGUGGCGUCAGUUACCCACUGAUCAAAGACAACCAUUCCUUCAAAAGGCGCGAGAAAAUCGAGCACAAAAUCGUAUACAAAAGGCUCAGUCGGAGACACAGCGCUCUGGAAAGGAGAUCAGACCGCCCACCGCUCCCGUCCCUGGCGUUCGUGAUGUGGACAAUGAGCUCAAGUGGAAGCACUUACAGGCCUCUCGACAACAACAACAGGUUCAACACCAACAGGUGCUACAGGAACAGAGACAAGUGAUUCUUAAAACACAAACACUGGGACCCAUUUCUCCUGUGAUGGACCCCUCGCGACCACCUCUUAUGCAUAAUAUGCCGCCACAAUCGCCGUCAAGAUUAGGACCCGAUUAUUGCGCCGAUAAUAUGCAUACCGUGUCUCAUAUACAGGAUAUGCCCAUUCAAUCGCCUGUUCAGAGACACGCUCUUCAGAGUCCGUUUGUGAUGAAUAGACCACAAGUGCAUUCACCUUCUGGUCCGUCACCCAUGAGUCCCGUCAUUCAGGUGUCUCGCGUUAGGCCACCAAUAGAUCCAAACAAACUGCCCGUUUCGAGCAAACCUAUGCAAUUCGAUCCAUACUCUCAUCCGCCGAACACUUCUCGGCCUCAGCCACAGAUGACUCUUCAACCGAUCGUAAGGCCUGGAACUCCUCAACAAAGAUCUCCGUUUUCUCCGUCAUCUCCCGGUGCCGCUCACGUCAACACUUCUAUUCCACUAACGCCUACGAGUGAAACGUUUCACACGCCUCCUUCCACUCCCAGACCCCAUAGCAAUGAUCCUCAUUCUCAGACACCGAUGCCUUCGAGUCCUUACGGACAGCCGCAGACCGUCUCGAGUCCCUUCUCUCCAACACAUAAUCUUAUGCCUCAAAGUCAACAACAAUGCGUCGAUUCGUAUUCAAUGCCCACUUCCUUACAAAGAAGUCAAUCAUUUCCUUCUGAUUUUCAUAACAGUCCAAUGGAUUCGUCAAAUAACGAGUGUAUGUAUCAACGCAUAGGUCAGAGAACGCCCGACUCUUUCAAUCGGAGCAUUUCGUCACCAAAUAAUGAUCCCUAUGCGAGACCAGUGCCGACACCACAACCCCCGCAAUCACCUCAAAGCGAAUCAAUACAGAAAAUGCCAGCAAUUAAUAUGCAAACAGAUAUAUACGCGCGACAACCUAUGACUCCGCGACCGCAACAACCCAUACAAAGAUCACAGUUUGACGACAUUUAUUCCCGACAACCGCCCACUCCUCGGAUGGCACAGCAGCCAGACAUUUACGCUCAGCCGCCGGGAACUCCUCGACCCAACUUUCAACAACCCAUUCAACAUUCACCCCAACCACAGCCUUCUCCGCCGGCUUUGCAACAACAACAGCAACCACUCGAUCCAUACGCUUACCAACCGGGAACUCCCAGACCUGUUGCCACAUCUCGACCAUCUUUACAGCCUAUUAGACAACCUCUUAUGAUGAGACCUCCGCCUCCCGGUCCCAUCGAUCCUUACGCUCGACAACCGGGGACUCCAAUGCCUCCACCACUUCACGACCCAUACGCUAAAGCGCCCGGAACUCCGAUGCCUUUGAGCCCCAACGAUAGACCUCAAGAUGGCAGUGACUCGACAUUAACACGACAACACUUAAGAGAUUUGCUUCAGAAGCAACAGGUUAGACGACAACAGGGAACCGAUCUCCCGCCCCGAUGGCCAGUUAACACUCAAAUACGAGUUCCGGCCAACGAUGGCAUGUUUCGUCAGCCCAUUCCUCCCGGAGCUAUGGUUCGGCCUCGCCUUCCGAGCAGUUUUCCUUCUGACCAAGUGUUCAGACAUCCGGCCGCCAGUGGAGACCCACGAAUGGUUGUGCAACAGCAACGACUACAAGACCCUCGCAUGCGUCAGGUCUUGAUAUCACAACAGCAACAACAACAGCAAUUUGGUGUUAGGGGUCAGACUCAGUGGGUUCGAGUGCCCACUCAAAUGCAUCCCAACGCCGCUAUACCCGCAGCUCAGGGCUCACCGCAACCAAGUCCUGAGAUUCAAUACAGUCAAGUCCUGCCUCCAGGGGCUCCCCGUAUGUCUCCUCCAGGCGUCGGCCAACAGCAGAAUGUUAUGUACGCCUCACAGCCUAUAAGACCUGUGAGAACUCAGAUGUUUGUCCGACAACCGCAUCCAAUGCAGACAAUGAAUGUACAAAACAGUGAUGUAUUGCAAAACCAACCGAUGCCUCAAAUUCAAGGCUCAGAAGUGAAUCCAAAUAUUGCGAGCACUCAACCAAUCAAUCCCAAUGAGCCCAUUAAAGCUCCGGUACAGCCCAAUGCUAAACAGCCGACUACUAGUGAUAUUGUGAAACAACUUCAAGAGCAACAAAAUCCAGAGUUAGUCGAAGAGGAAUGUUCUCCCGAAGAUCUCGACGACGACGAGCUCUUAGGAUUGGGAAAUGACUUCAAUAUUCUUGAAUACGCGGACCCAGAACUCGAUAAAGCGUUGAGUGGAAAGACUGGCGGAAAGAGUAAUAUAUUUGAUGAACAUUUGGAUGAUUUGGACGAUAAGGACGACGACGAGAAGAGCAAGAAAAGUGAUGACAAAAGCAGAACAAAGAAUAUCGAAGCGAAUGCCGAAAACAGUGAUAAAAAGCCUGAAAUAAAACAAGAAAACACACCAAUGGUUCCAAACGUAAAACUUGUAAAUCAAAUACCUGUUCCGCAAAAGCCUAUGAACACACGUCUCCCAUAUCCACCUCCGCCUCCAUAUCGGGGACAACAAGAGUUACCGCCUCCUCCGCCAUACCCUCAACCGCCGCGUCAAAUGACUCCAAAUCUUAUUAAACCAAAUACAAGUCAAUCAGAUUGUGUGGAACCGCCGCCACAACUAAGAACGACACCAAUGACACCACUCCUUCAGGAACAGCCGCUUCUACUCGAAGAUCUUGUCGAACAAGAGAAGAGAGAUCAAAGACAGUCUAUGCCAAUGAAUACGCGCCCAUAUAUGCCACAAGUGGUGCCCGAAAACAUUAUGACACAAUCAGAUAGUCUCUUAAGCGAUGUUGAGUUCGAACGACUCAAAGCAGAUAUUUUGUCGGACGAACCGAUUCCCGGACUGCCGAUGGGUUCCAAUCCAAUGGCUAUGCAAUCAUCGCAACCGCACCAACAGAUGCAGACAUUCCCACAACAAAUGCCACCCAAUCAGACUCAGGGGCCCCACUGGCAGAACAUCACAGAACAGGCCUUUCAAGCACAACAACGAUUGCCACAAAUGGGCCCCAGAAUAAUGGGCCAAAACUUUCAACGAUCACAAAUGUAUCAAUCCAUACAAAUUAGUCCGAUGGGCGUUAGAAUGGCAGCCAAUGUCGGGCCACCGCAUCCAAUGCGACCCAACGCUCCGCAGGGAAUGUCAGCCAUUAGACCGAUGGUGAGUCUUCCGCCUCCGCCGACACCUCCCGCUGAACCGAUGACAGACAUGGAUAGACAGCAACAACACCAGUACGAGAGUUGGCUCCACCAACAGAACAAUGUGUUGUCUCAACAACAGAAGCACUUCGAGGCAGAGGUCGCCAAACUGAGGAAAGCCAAGAAAAUUGUUUCCACAAAACAAAGACAAUGCAAAAAGAGUGGAACAGAUUUGAGUGAAAUGGACCAAAACGAGUUGACUCGAGUCACACAAGAGAUGAGUGCACUUCAGAAACAUUUGGAUCAGAUUCGCAAGAGUUUAAGACAUCACCAAAUGUUGUCCAAUGAUUACAACCAAAAACGAUCGAAACAGACAAUGGUUGGCAUUCCUCAGACAGCUAUAUCUCUACCCCAAUCUCCUGGAAGUUCAUCCAUACCGUCGAUGCAGACCUCUCCGCGUUCUGUUCACUCGCCUCUAAUGGCUUUGGGAUCUUCAGCUCCUGGAACUCCUAUCGCUAUGACAGGUCCGGCGACUCCACAGUCGCCUUCAAUCAUGAGCCCAUCGCCAUUGGGUCCGUCACCGUCUCCUCUGAUGCAAAACUCGCCGAUACCUAACCUUCAUUCGCCGGCAGCGAUGCCUCCCUCGCCAAUGGUUCAGUCACCCCAUCCGAUGCCUCACCCCAUGUCUGUCGACGCCAACAUCAGACCCCAAAUGUCCAAUCAAUCCGUUCAUAUCGUUGACGACAACAACCCAUUCAGUGAUGUCUAUCUACAAAAGGAGAAAAUGGUUAUCUCUUCUAUCAGACCACCACAACAAGGGGUUCCUUCUGCUGGAUAUCCACAUAUGAUGUCAGCCGAUGGACAACCCAUUGACGAAAGACAGAAAAUGUAUCGUCAAAUGCCUUAUAACGAAGAGAACAUGUCUUUUCAUCAUUCAGUGCCACAACAGAGCCGUCCUCUCCAACAGAUGAGUCAAUCAAUGCCAACACAACACACGACUAGUCAUUACCAGCAGUCAAACGAUUCGCAAAUGUUUCGGUUUCCGAACCAACACCUGAUUCAUCAACAGAGACCAUACACUGAACUCUCGAAUACGUUUGCGGACAAUGUGUCGACCAAUGCAUACAAUAACCCCGAAAAUCACCAAAUGGUUCAGUGCGCGUCCCGAUCGUUGCCCGUCUCAUCCGCUUACAGCUUAUCCGAUGACAAUUCGUCUCAGCGGUUGUCAUCGGAUCUCAUGUCGGGUUCUGAAGACAUCGACACCUCUAGUAAAGAGACUGAAGAACACAAACAGAUGACCAAUAAUGAGAUUGUUAUUAAAAAAGAGAUCGUGGAAUCAAAUUGCAGUUCCUCUCAGUCCUGCCAAUGGGUUGACACCAACGUUGACAUUAAAGGCGAACAAGACAAUAAAUAUUGUGAGUCUAAUAUUGUUGAAAAAGAGUUGUCUUCUGAGACAUCCAAUGCUAUGGAAACGACAGAAACUGUGGAAAUAAAGGCGUCAAUUGUUAACAACAAUAUCGAUGUGAACUCCAAUGUGACAAAUGAUAUGAAUGAUAGCGAUAACAACGAAGAGGCGAUGAAUACUAAACAAAAUGCAUUACUUAAACAACUGUUACAGAACUGUCCGUCGGCUGAUUCGCAGAGUAAAGCCAUUGAGAAAAUGAUGAAAGAGACUGAAGAACAAAAGGAACAGACGGUUGUUACCAAUGUUGAGAUUAUUGAAGAGACGGUGCAGACAACAGUCGCUUUACCUGUGGUUCAAACGGUUCAAAAUGUUGUUGAAAAAGAGCCAAUUGCUGUCCUCCCUCUCCCUCUCCCUGUCCUUCCCAUUACUCCAGUGACUGAAACGCAACCUAAAGAAGAGAUGGAAACGCAAGUUAUGGUUAUUCCAGAAAGCGAUCCUAACAUAAGCAGCGAACCCACCACUCCAUUGACUCCAUUGACUACACAGGCGAAGGCCACUGCAAUGUCAACCGAGAAAAAGAUGUCAUAUUUGGAUAUACGUAGGGCUCAGUUAGAACGAGAGCCCACUCCUCCGCCCGAAGAGAUUAAGCCAAAGCGGAAGCGAAUAACCAAACGAAAAGAGGCCAAAAGUCCGGACGGAAUACCUGAUGGCGUAAAACCGCCGACCAAAAAGCGCGCGCGAAAGGCAUCUCAAUCCAGAACCGAUGAGGACAGCGAACUAUUCUUUGCCGCAUUGAUGGCACAACUCAGAGCACUGCCACCGCUUCAGAUACUCGAGCCGUCCAUUAAACCCAAUCUGAAUGUUUCCCUUCCUUUUGAUGUGACAGAUCUUAACUCAAAAGAGUCGCCUUUGAGGGGCAGUUAUGGCAAUGCAUUUCUCUCGUCAACCAUUGAUUAUUACUCGACGUAUCCGUUCGGUCCCAAUAAAGCAGCGCCUCUCACGCCAUCACUUCCAGCGAGUGCUGUCAACAGUGCUCUCACUGUCACCAAUAAUUACAUGAAUACUAACAGCUCAUCGAUUGGUAUGCCGUCAACCAGUCGUGGUUUCUAUAACGAAGAGUUCUCUAAAACCACUCCUCAAUCGGCGCUUCAGAGCGCUUUUACAAACAACAGAGAAUUGAAUCAAUAUUACCGCGACUGCGAUAGUCCUGACACUAUUGUCUCGUCUUCUUCUCCCGAAACUGUUUUAUACGACUCUCCGAGCGAUACGUUUAAGAGCCUUAAAUUCAUUAGUCUUGACGACGACGACAACGACGAAGAGAUGAAAGAUAUCAAUAACAAUCGCUCUUCACCUGACAUUCCACUACUAGUCUCGAUCCCUAUCCGUCCCAUUCCUGUAUUGCCGUCAUCUCUCAUAAAUCAAAGACGAGUUUCUGAACAUGAUUUCGAUAAAGAGAACGCAUUGGAGACAAACAAUACAAUUAAACCGAAAACCAUAUCUUCGAUUCCACUCAAAGACACGGGUAAUGUUGGCGUUACUCUUACGCUGUCAUCGGUGGACGACAUUCGGGGCAUUUUGACCGCUUUGGCUAAAUAUCUGGACAUUCCGGCGCCCAAUACAUUUGAAAUAGUGGAACGAACCACAACUCCUCCCUCACAGAAGUUGGGUCUUUACCAUCAGAAAGAGGCCAUCGAAUCGAGUAUUGAUAACACAAAUACCGAAAACUUAUUGAACGGAAAGAUUUUGAAGAAUUUUUGUAAAUUCUGUGAUAUUGUUGUAUUGAACGCUGGAAUUAAGAAGAAAUCGUCUGAACUCUCACUUUCAGCGCAAGAACAGCUCGAAGAGGAGGAAGACGUGAUAUUUUGCAGCACAAAUUGUUAUAUGCAGUUCGCACUCUCCCAUAGAGGCCUUCCUAUCACUCACGAGAAAGAAGCGGCGACUGUUGUCUCUCACCGACACUCCAACGAAACGCCUAUCAAUGAAAUAAAGUCCGAAAAACCUAUUAUUGUUAAAAACUCUAUGGAUUUAUUGCCGCCAAUGAGUCCAAUGAUGGAAGACGACGAUAUCAGUGAUCAAGAAGUGUUAGCUAUGAAUUUGUCGCCAAAACUUCCUCCUCUUGUUAUUGAGAAUCAGUUGACGGCACCAAACAGUCUCAUAGAAGUUGAAGUGGAAUCGCAAAUUCAAACACCCAUUCAGUCUACACCUCCCGAACCGAUUCCCAAGAAAUGGAAAGACACUCGUUAUAAGUGUUGGAAUAACCAGUCAUUCGAUAAAUUAAAGACCAAAACUGAAGACGAAGACGAAGAGGUGGACGAAGAGGAAGAAGAGGCUGGACUUCUGUUGGACAAAAUGGCCAUUUGUGUGAAAUCUGAUGCCAAUAGUGCUGAGAAGCGGAAGUGUGCGCUCUGUCACGAGACGGGCGAUGGAGAAGCCGACGGGCCGUCACGUCUUCUUAACAUGGAUGUCGACAAAUGGAUUCAUUUGAAUUGCGCCCUUUGGUCAGCAGAAGUGUACGAGAUGUUGAACGGAGGGCUCAUGAAUGUAGACCAGGCCUGUAAGAGAGCACUCACUCUCCAGUGCAUCAAAUGCAAGAAAACGGGCGCAUCUCUCAAGUGUUACAAACCUCGUUGUGUCAAUUCAUACCACUUUCCCUGCGCUCUCAAAGACCAGUGUAUGUUCUUUAAGGACAAGACUCUUCUCUGUUCGCAACACUCACCCAAAACACAAAACCCCGAAGAGUUGACCACUUUUGUUGUCUAUAGACGAGUGUUUGUCAAUCGAGACGAACAGAAACAGAUCGCAUCAAUGAUACACAUGGGAGACAACAAUCUCUUAAGAAUCGGAAAUCUUAUAUUUGUAAACAUCGGUCAACUAUUGCCGCAUCAGUUGCACGCCUUCCACACACCCAACUGUAUAUAUCCCGUCGGCUAUAAGAUUAUCCGCUUUUACUGGAGUUGGAGACGAUUUGGAAAACGGUGUCAAUACAUCUGUUCCAUCGCCGAACUCGACGGCAGACCAGAGUUUGUGGUCGAAAUCAAAGAGGAAGGCUUUGAGAACGUGACUCUCAGAGACAGUUCUCCCAAAAAUGUUUGGCUCAAAAUUUUAGAAUCGAUCGUUAAAAUGAGAUCUGAAGCCAAAUCUAUCAAAGUAUUCACUGAUUAUAUUACGGGCGAAGACUUGUUCGGUCUCUCAGACCCGGGAGUCGUCAGAAUAUUGGAGUCUUUGCCCGGAAUUGAGACUUUAAAUGACUAUAACUUUCGUUUUGGUCGCUCGCCAUUACUCGAGUUACCCCUCGCUAUCAAUCCAACGGGUUGUGCGCGAACUGAACCCAAAUUGCGGACUCACUUCAAAAGGCCGCACACUCUUCACGUGUCGACGAGUACUUCUGCGCGCUCUUCGAUCCAAUCGUUGAGCGGAAUGGAAGUGAGCUCUCCGUACGUCAAACAGUUCGUUCACUCCAAGUCUUCUCAAUACCGCAAAAUGAAGAGCGAGUGGAGAAACAACGUAUUCCUGGCCCGCAGUCGCAUACAGGGGCUCGGCUUAUAUGCCGUCAAAGACAUCGAAAAGCAUACAAUGGUUAUCGAAUACAUCGGUCUUGUCAUCCGCAAUGAGAUGGCCGAACGCAAUGAACGCAUAUAUGAGGAACAGAAUCGAGGCGUUUAUAUGUUUCGUUUGGACGACAACCGUGUGAUCGACGCGACCCUAUCCGGAGGUUUGGCCCGUUAUGUGAACCACUCGUGUAAUCCAAACUGUGUGGCAGAAUGUGUUCAAAUAGACAGAGAAAAUAAAAUAUUAAUUAUUGCGAACCGACGCAUACAACGAGGCGAAGAAUUAACAUACGAUUACAAGUUUGAUGUGGAGGACGAUCAGCACAAAAUUCCCUGUAAUUGUGAAGCACCUAAUUGUCGAAAAUGGAUGAAUUAAUGCUAACUAAUUAUUCAAU